UGUAUAAUUCCGCCGCUAAAUAUGUACAACCUUGUCACUAUCCAUUGUACCAGCGGUGCCAUCAUGUUGGUGUUCCUUCUAGCCGUAUCGUUAUUAGGUAGAACUGAUGCAGCAUCAGAGCUUCUCAAUAAUCCAGAUUUUGAAAAUAGCUUUGGUGCAAACAGCUGGUUCUGUCAUGGCUGUCAUCUGUCUCAGAGUUCCGAUAGCUACCAUGGUCACGGAAGCGCAAUGGUAACACACAGAUCUCAUAAUUGGGCUGGUCUUUCUCAGACGGUAAACGUCAAGGCCGGUCAUCGUUACGCUUUUAAAGCGUUCAUCAAACUACUGAGCCACACUCAACCCUACCAUAAUGUGGAGCUAAUGAUGCAGGUCAUGUCAUCUAGCAAUGGCCACAGCAAGUUCGUUACCUGUGGAGAAAGUCCUUAUGUACAACAAACAACACAAUGGGUCGAGAUUGGAUUUGACCAGAUAAUACCUGCAGAUAUGGACAAAACAACCAUCUAUUUACAAAUUACUGAGCCUGGUGUGAACUAUCUCGUCGACGGGGCAAGUUUUAAGGAACUGAUCCCAAAUAACAACUGGAAAUCCGAGGCUCAGACAAGGAUCGAGCACUUACGUAAAGCAGAUGUUCACCUUAAAGUAGUCAAUCACCAGAACGUGCACCUGAACGGUGUCACUUUCGAGCUUCAUCAACAAACCAGUGCUUUCGCAUUUGGGGCCGCCGUCCGGUUCGAUCUUGUUAUUGACCAUUCAGCGACUGGCUACCAGAAGUACUUGUAUGAUAAUUUUGAGUGGGCUACAGUUGCCAACGCCUUUAAGUGGCGACUGAUGGAAUACACACAGGGCCAUGCAAAUUUUGACCACGGUAUGAGUGCUUUGAAUGAAUUGCUUGCAAAAGGAAUGACUGUACGAGGACACAACAUGUAUUGGGGUGUAAAUGGACACUACCCGGCCUGGCUCGAUCACCUGUCUGACCAGCAAGUGUUACAGGCCAUGCACACCCACCUCAACGACAUGAUAUCACACACCAGAGGAAAAUUAGCCCAUUGGGAUGUCAACAAUGAGAAUCUCCAUGGCGACUAUUUUGAGAAGAAAACUGGCCACCCAAAUGUUACAAUGGAGAUGUUCCAGUGGCUCCAUAGUGCUGAACCCGGGGUCAAGCUUUUCCUUAAUGACUACAACGCCCUCAGUUCAGGCCGCUAUACGACUUCAUUGAAGGAACAAGGCCGAAUUUUCCGUGAUGCUGGAAUUCCAAUUUAUGGCAUUGGGGAACAAAGCCAUUUUAAUUACGGACAUGACGAUAUGACUACCGUUAAGUAUCGUCUGGAUAAAUCAGCAGAGGCUAAUCUCCCAAUAUGGAUAACUGAACUGUCUGUUGGUGAUUCUAAUGCUGAUACUAAGGCUCAGACGUUUGAGGACCUGCUUACUCUGUACUUUAGUCAUCCCGCCGUUGAGGGUAUCAUUUUAUGGGGCUUUUGUCAGGAGGCCAUGCAAUGCAAACAAUGCGCUCUUGCUAUCGGUCCGCAGUGCCAUCCAAACGCUGCGGGUGAAAAGGUCAGUCAGCUGUUGAGACAGACAUGGCGGACGAACGUGUCACAGUCUUUAGCUAACCACAACAUACGGGCAUUUAAAGGAAACUAUCAGAUGACAAUAAAGCAGAAUGGCCAUGUGUUGGAAACAAAAACCUUCACCGUGGGUGAUACUGCCAAAACAUUGACCGUCACUGUCAGUGGAUCAGGUCAUUCGGUUCAUACCUCCACAAACAUACACUAGAAGUAUCGACAGUCAGACAGUAUCCCUUCUUUUGUAUAAACUGUAAUAAGUUUUUUUUGCAAAAUAAAUAUGUGGGUUAUU